AUGGCCUUCUGCUCCUCCCUCGCCUUCCUCCUCGUCCGCGUCUUCCGCCUCGUCGGCGCCGUCUCCAUCUCCCGUGACCUCUACACCCUCUACCCCCAUCGUAGUACUCCGUCAACGCUCCGCCGCUCUUCCGCUUCGUCUUCUUCCUUCCCAGUGAUAUUCCUGAGCAAACACACCGCCGUCUCCAACCGGCCGGCACUGACGGCACACCCGAUCGGAAUCCCUCAUCUGAGUGAAGGCGAGGCUGGGCCGCAAGGCGGGAAGCCGGGUUGGGCUGCGCCGCCGAGCCCCCGCAUUGGACCCUGGCUCAGGCACCUGAGGAAGCUUGCCCAAGCCCACAACAUGGUUCCUGAGUUCGAGAUUACAUUGGAGGGUACGCAUCAUGGACCGGUAACGAAUACGCCCACUAUGUUCGUAGAGAUUGGCAGUACAGAUGAGUACUGGAAAAGGCAGGAUGCAGCACAAGUUAUUGCUCUAUUGGUUUGGGAAGGACUUGGGCUUGGAGGAGGAGCUGCUGUUGGAAACUGGAACGGGGAGAAGGAUAAGAAUAAAAUUCUUCUUGGAUUAGGUGGUGGACAUUAUGCUCCUCGGCAUAUGGAUAUAGUCUUAAAUGGCAAGGGAAAGCUCAAAGAAAGGUGCUAUGUUGCCUCCUAAGCCGCCUAUGCGUUGAGCUUGAGCUUGAAGACUUGGAAGAUUUUAUUUGUGCAAAACAUGAAGUGAUGAAACCUUGAAGGUUUAUUUGACUUGUGUGAUGUUUAAAUUUGGACUUUUUGAAGACUUAAACUUUGAUGUUUAAUUUGGACUUUUUGAAGACUUAAACUUGAUUGAUGAUUGAUUCUAUUUCUAGUUGGACUUUAAAUGUUUAUUUUCAUUUUUUGAA